UUAACCCCUGCUUCAAACUUUCAAAACAGAUAUGGCGAUUGUCAGAUAGUAAAUCUGUCAUUAGCAGCCAAUUUUUUAAGAAUUAAUUCAUUUUCCGUGAAGGAAAUUUAUAGUAAGCAUGAUUUGAGUAGUAAAAACGAUUAUAAAGUAUUUAAAAGUAAUAAACAAUGGUGACGCAGGAGUAUAUCGAAGCGGAAUACCCUUUACAUUGGUUGGUUUGGCGAAACGAAUAUAAACUAUUGGAGAAAGAGCUAGUAAACAACAAGCAUAAUAAAGAGAAAGUAGAUACUAGAGGAAGAACUCCUCUUAUGUUAGCAGUAACUCUUGGCCAUUUAGAAGCUACACGUACCCUUUUAAAUUCUGAAGCCAAUGUAAACUGUGAAAAUAAAGAUGGGUGGAAUGUUGUCCAAGAGGCUGUGGCUACGGGUGAUCCAGAGUUAUUGCAUAUUGUACUUGAAAGAAGAGACUUACAAAGGUAUACAACUCGAAUGGCUGGUAUACCAGAUUUAUUGAAAAAGUUGAAAGAAGCUCCAGAUUUCUAUGUGGAAAUGAAAUGGGAAUUUACUAGUUGGGUACCUCUCUUUGCAAGAAUGUGCCCGAGUGAUACAUAUAAAGUUUAUAAACAAGGUUCUAAUGUUAGAAUAGAUACCACACUGUUGGGUUUUGAUCAUACGAAUUGGCAAAGAGGGAACAGAAGUUAUAUCUUCCAAGGACAAGAUGAUGGUGCUACUAUGAUGGAAAUAGAUCAUGAUUUAAGACAGGUGUAUUGUGAAGAAAUGAGAACGAGUGAUGAGUCUUUAGGAAUUUUGCUGCCAAAUGAAGAGACUGUAUCACAACGUCUUACCAAUCCUAUAGUCACCACUUAUAUAGAUACUGAUAAAAUCAGUUUUGAAAGAAAUAAAGCUGGAAUUUGGGGUUGGCGAUCCGACAAAAACGAAGUAAUUAACGGUUACGAAUGUAAAGUUUUUAGCGCCUCAAACGUAGAAUUAGUCACGAAAACCCGAUCCGAACAUUUAACGGAGCACGACAAAGCGAGAAGUAAAAACCUCAAAACGCCCCUCCAAAACUUUUUAGGUAUAGCUGAAGUAGGAGAAACACAACAGUCUUCUGGCCUCCAAAAUAAGGAAGAUUAUUCUAAUAAUACAAAUCCGUGCAAUAUAACUCCAGAGGAGUACUUCGAUUCCGAAUUCGAUCUCGGGAUACGUGAUAUAGGUAGACCAAAAGAAGUUAGCAUAAAAGUUCAGAAAUUCAAGGCCAACUUGUGGCUGUGCGAGCAAUAUCCUCUGUCGCUUCCCGAGCAGAUAUUACCUAUCGUCGAUCUGAUGGCGAUAUCUAGUUCGCAUUUCGCUAAAUUGAAAGACUUCAUCCAGUUGCAACUGCCUAGUGGUUUUCCUGUUAAAAUAGAAAUUCCUUUAUUCCACGUUAUCAACGCUAGAAUUACCUUCGGCAACAUAUUCGCGAUCGACAAUCCGGUGCCCAAGGUGUCCACGCUGCAAGAGGAGACCAGACUCACUUGUGUCCUAGACGAAUCGCUGUUCCAGUGUCCGACCAAUUAUAUCCAGAUUGGUAAUGCUUCUGCGGACGGCAGGAGACAGUAUAGUAAUGAAGAAGAAGACGAUUUGUUGCAAUUCGCUAUACAACAAAGUUUAAUAGACUCAGGAACGGAAAAGGAGGAGGUCGACAUUUGGGAAGCUCUGCGUGGUCAAAAGCCUUCAAGACCCGAGACGCCAAUAAAUUACGAAGAAAGAGAAUUGCAAAGAGCUAUUCAAGCCAGCUUAGAGCAAUACCAAAAUCCCGACGCUAAACCUAGUCCCGCCGUAGAAUUGGAUUACGAUCUACAGAUGGCGUUGAUGAUUUCAGAAAAGGAGCAACAGCGCGAGGAGCAAAAUCGGAUAAAUGAAGAGAAAAUGUUAGAGAAAGCGCUAGAAUUAUCCCUUACUGAAAAAUAACCAAUUAUCUUAUAUAUAAUUUAGAACAAUUAUUCAAAAAUUAAUCCAGAAUAAACGUAUAUGUAUUUGCAUUUACUUGAAAUAUAUUCAGAUAGAUCUGUG